AUGGAGAGUUCAGGGACUGAAGCCCGGGUCAGCUAUCUGAGGAGAGCCGAUGAGGUGGACGGAGGGUCUGAGCUGGAACAUCUGGAACAUCUGGAACAUCUGCCUCCACUGCUGGAGGAUGAGGAAAAUGUCUCCCUGGCUGAUAUACUUUCUCUGCGGGACAGCUGUCUGUCUGAGGAGGAGGUGUGGGCAGUGUGUGCGGAGUGUGUGGUGGCCCUGCAGAGCAUCAGACCCUCCCACCUCUUUCACACCCUUUGCAUAACACCAGAUACUCUGGCCUUCAACGCGCAUGGGAAUGUUUGCUUCAUGGAGCAGCUCAGUGAUGAUCCAGAGGGCAGCUUUGUUCCUCCUGAGUUUGACAGCACAGGAAGCACAUUCGAGGGCCAUGUUUACUCUCUGGGCUCCACACUUUCUGCCGCAUUGAACUUUGUCAUCGAGCCAGAGCUGGAGGCCGAGCUGGGGGAGGAAAUCCAGAGGCUACUGGAGCAGAUGCAGGAGGAAAAGCCUGAAGACAGGCCGCUCCUGCAGGAUAUUCUGUCUCUGGCAGAGGGACGCCUCUCGCAUACCUCCUCUGCAGCUGUGUGUCGGAAGCUGUCUUCUAUCGGACGCCGUGUGCUUUCCAUUGAAUCAGUUUCAACCUUUCAAGAUGGACAGGAAGGCUCCUGGGAAGCAAGAUGGCAGCAUCCCAAACCCAGAUGUCUGCUGAAAAGACUGAGCUUAGAGGAUAAUACCAAGGACCUGUGCAGUGACAGUUCUAUUAAGACAAAUGGUCUGUCUCGCCAGCAGGUGUGCACAGGCUGGGAUUCCUCGCUCUGGGCUGAAGAUAUGGACAGUGGUGAUGGACACGCUAUGAUUCUGACAGAUGAGUUCGACUGCCGGUCCUACAACAGCUCCCCAGUGAGGAGGAGGGCCCAGCAGAGACUGACCAGGGUGAGGGGGGCCCUGAACCGGUCCUGCUCCGUCCCGGACUCCAACAACCCCCCCUGCGUUUCCCCCGCGACCCAUGGAGACAUCAGCAUACCUGUAUCCGACCUCACAGAGAUUGGAGCCGACGAACAACUGAGCAGUACGUCUGUGUGGAGCAACAGACUUCACCGACUGAACCGGGGAGGGUCCUGUGAGUGUUACACCGCCAGCAGCACCGAUGACUACAUGAACUCAGGACAAACUGCGCAGGAGAAGGAGGAUGCAGCGGAGACGUUAUGCAUCGAAGAAACAUAUACCGAAGUCUGUCACGAGGAUGGGUUUCCAGACUCUACGGAGGACGCAGAAUCCACCUGUACGCCCUGUAACGAACUGGAAACAGAACAGGACUCGAUGGAGGACCAGGGCUCUUUAAACAACAGCCUCUACAUUCCUAAUAACCACAUGACCAAAAGCAUGCUGUGCCUCAACGAAGAAUCUCAGGAUGAGUGGAUCUCUCUAACGGAGUUGCUCACUCGCUGUGGACGGAGGCUGACGGUUAAUGAGCUGUGGGCGCUGUGUUACACCUGCCUGUCCUCGCUGCAGACCUACAUCGACUUUCCAGCCUAUUUAUGCCUGGACACAGUGUACGUGGGCUGCGAGGGAGAGGUGCUUUUUUUAAAACCUAAAAACAUAGGCCUCCGUGAUGAAUUUUAUCUCGCUCCUGAAUAUCAAGAACAUGGGAUUGUGACUGAGAAGGCCUGUGUUUAUGGCAUCGCUGCGAUUCUCUGGGCUACGGCGAAGUUCAGUUUAUCGCCCAAUCAGAAGCUGGCGAUGCCUCGAAAGCUGAAAAGGCUGCUCCUGGAGAUGGCGAAGAGGACUCCCAUCGAGAGGCCGACUAUUGUCAUGGCUAAAAAAAGCUGUCGUGACUACUUAUCACGUCAAGGGACGAACGCAGAGACUGUCUGGAACAAGCUCAUCAGCCGAGUUCACAGGCCAGCCUCGAACUAUACUCAUGCAGAAGAUUUGAUUGCAGAUGGUCGUCAAAGCUCCAGUAAUGAAUCCUCACAAAGUAGCAGUGGCUUUGUGCCCAUGGCCACUGAGAGCCGACUGGCUCCUGUACCUGGCCCUGUUCCCCACAGCUAUCCAGUCAGCAAAGAACUGCAACUCCCAGAGGCCUUCACUUCCACCGCCACACACUUCACCCCCAUCAUCCUGACCAAUAAAGAGUUAUCAGAGGAGGAAACCACAAACGUUGACGCUGCCACCGAAGGGACUGUGGAUGGAUUCACACAAAGCAGCGAACAUAUGGAGGACAGAGACCUUGACUUCACGUCCCACUCUGAGGACCCACAUCCUUCACCAACUGAAGCUGAUCCAUGUGCAGAGGAGUCGGGCAGCCCUGUCCAUCAGCUGCCCAUGACCUGUACGUCCCCCGGUAACAAGACACCGGUCAACUCCACGUCUCCUCCUGAUAUUCCCUGUGUUGAAGUCACUCUCCCCUUGUCGUUACACUCCAACCUCAACGGUUUCGGCGUUUUCAACAACUUCCUCUUCCGCCAGGAUCCCACAUCUGGACACUUGUCUUUAGUUCCGGUGCAGGUCAGGGCUCCGGAGUCUCUCCUGGGGUUGGACAUAAACCCCUCUGUGGUCUCUCAGUCAUUACAGGGGUUAAUCGUGGUUCCAGAGAAUGCUGACGGUUUGAGUGUCAGCUGUCGGACUGCACCUCCGAGGGCUGAACUUAAAGGAUACAACCUUCCGUCAUCUUACGCCAACAGCGGCUCCGUCAUUCCUGACAACCCAUCGGAGCAGAAUCUGCCUAGAGAGGACGACGGACGAACAAAUCUGAGAACGAAGAAGGAGUCUGUCACCGCUAAAGUCCACCCUGCACUUCAGGAGGUGAUAGACCUGCUCAAAGGAGAAUUUUCACUCGAUGGGUAUUUGGACAAUGGACACGAGGACAUUGCAAUGGGGGAGUACAUCUUCUCGCUGAAGGAUCUCCAGUACCAAACGUUUGCUAGUGUGGUGAAGGAGAGGUUCAGUGACCUGUACUGGGAAGAAGACCUGCUGGGUGUACUGCACUGCCUGGUUAACUACAGCUCAUCCACACUAUGUUCUAAUGAGCAGCCUCCAUCAAAGAGCCUGGAAAGGGCAGCCACCGCCACUGCACCCGUGAUAGCCUCCGUCUGGGGAGGGAGCGGAGAAGUUUGCCUGCACAGUCUGGAUCUGAAUGGAAACAUUCACACUUCCAGUCCUGCUGCUGUGGAUACUUGGGAAAGUGCCAAGGCCCCGUCCUGUCAUGGGGAAACAGAGGCAACGCUCGAAGACUUUGAAAUAAGAUCAGAGCAAAGUCAACGCUGCAUUUUUCAAGGCGUGAGCGCUGACUGUUCCGACACAGGGGUCAUGGAGGGGGGCGAUCAUUCAGCGGGGGGCAGCGAUGAAAGCCCCUCUGAAGCCGAGUUUCUGUCAGGGAGAGAGGAAGGGCUGAUGGGAGCCCACGACGAGCAGAUGAGCCCGGACUGUUCGGAGGACAUGGAGGACAGCGACUCGGUGGUGUCGGAGCGACUCCUCUCGCCCGGAUCCAGAGCAGAGGGACCGGGCCUCAGCCUCAGCCCGGCCUGGGACUUGGCUUUCUAUGAGGAGGACUGUUUUAGUUCGGAGGUGAUCCAGUACGCCAUGAAUCUGGGACAGCACACGGGAUCGCCCUGUCUGGAUGGGAAAACACAGGAACUGCAGCAGCAACUGGUGAUUGAAACAAGGAAUCUAAAGAAAACCAGGAAUUUUUACCAGAAGCUGCUUCAACAAGAGAGAAAAAAUAAAGGUGGUGAGAGUAAACCCAUGCUGAUCAAACUCAAAUCCCAGCUGGAAGAACUCCGAUCCAAAGUGUUAUUUUUGGAUUGUGUGAAGAAAUACCUUGAGAUACUGACUGUGGACCAGUGGGGUUUGGAGGCUUCAUUACUGCCGUCAUUGGCUGUCUGUGGACCUGGGCCUCUGGACCUCCAGUCCUCCGAGGACCCUUCUGUUCUGAGCUUCGGGAGCCGCAGCGGAAAGAGCACCCUGCAAGUGGGCUCUCCUCUGGGCCUCAUGGCGUACCUGUACUCCAGAAAUUGCGCCUUGGAGGGUUACAUCCAGCAGUUUCUGUAUACCUAUCGUUUCUUCUGCACUCCUGAGCAGUUACUGCAGUUUGUAAUGGAGAAGUUCAUCAGCGCCAUAAGAGAAGGUCCAGACAUGUCAGGAGACAGUUUAAAGGUGUUUCAUCGCAGUUUGGAUCUGCUCCAGUUCUGGUUAACGGACUGUAAAUCAGUGGACUUUACACCGAAAUCCAGCCUCGUGGAUACAUUAGAAAACUUCCUCAACACCCAGGUGAUUCCCGUCGACAGUCGAGGGGAGGCUCUUCUCGCCGUUCUCCACAUUCCUGCAAAUAUGAUGUGGAGCCAAGGAAGAGGAAGUCAGAUCAGUUUUGAGGAAGAGGAGGAGUCUUUGUGUCUGCAUUCUUCUACGGAAGAUCUCGGAAAGAAGUGGAGGGUGUCCAGAGUUGUGGAGCCGUCCCCGUCUCUGCCCAAAGAAAAGGCCUUCUCCAUCGCUGCAGCUCUGCCCAUGCCUUGCUACAGCUCCCUGUUGGACGAUCUGUCCAACGUCUGCCUCCACAGUGAAGAACGACUGCCUUUCAGUAAAAACGAAUACAGCGCACAGUUCAUCGCCCAGCAGCUCACCCUUCUGGAGCAGGAGAUUUUCCAAGGAUGCCAUCCAGUGCAUUUUCUCAAUUCCAGGAUACAAGGAGUCACAGAUAAUGUUUUGACCCCAAACAAGAAUGUGUCUCAGCACACGCCGCCAGCAGAGGGCAGCGGUACGCCUGUAUUGGAGGGGCCUCCGUCCGACAGCUACCUUCAGCAGCUGCUCACAUACGCUGACAGUGUCACUAACUGGGUCUCAGCUGAAAUAGUCAUCUGUGACUCUGUCAAGACACAAGUGGCUUUGCUGACCAAGUAUCUGUGGAUAGGAAAACACUGCUACGAAUCGAGGAACUUCGCCACAGCCAUGCAGGUCCUUGGAGGUCUGGAGAAUGUGAUUGUCAGGCAAUUACCAGCUUGGAAACAUCUGUCUUCCAAGGUGUGCGAGAUCCUGGAGGAGCUACGAGCUGUGCAGGUGUUUCUGAAGAGUGACGACCUGUGUUUGAUGGGGGGAGAACAUAUGAGGAGGAAGCCCACGUUGCCGUCGGUGCACAUCCUGGCCAUGCACGUCCAGCAGCUGGAGAUCGGAGCCUUCAAACUCACUACAGGAGCGUACAAGUGGACCAAGCUCAGGAGAAUAGCAAAGGUGGUGAGUCAGGUCCAUGCCUUCCAGGAGGCCGUGUACCCCUACAGCCCCGACCGUGAGCUGCAGGCCUACCUCCGGCUGCGCAUCGCCCGCCUCGGCACCUCCGACAUCCACCUCUUGGCCGCCGGAAACGGUGCCAACUUCCAGCAGUCGACCGAGCGACAAACACGAAGGAUCCAAGACACGUUGAGGAAGGUUAAGGCCACUUUUCAGUGAGCCCUGCCCCGGUCAGAGCUUCUAGCCCAGAUCGAGACACCGCCACCAGGUCGAUAAUCCUGUGCCUGUGACCCCAAGAUGCCUCUGACUGGAGGACUGGAAAACUUUUUCUGUUCUCUGUUUGUAAAUGCCCCUAGACUUUACUUUUAACCCAUAAAGACCCAAACUGCCACCAGUGGCCAAAAGCAUUGACUGAUCUGAAAUAUUUAAUACCUGUUGAUCCACUAAUCCUGUCAAUACAUGUCAAGAAUUGGUGUAAAGUACAGUUUGUCAUCUUUUUACUGUCAUCAAUUAUGACCCAUUUCUGUAGUUACCAUGGAAACACCGUCAUCUUAUACAACAGUGGUUCUCAAACUUUUUUAAAGUGGAAUACC